AUGGCUAAAAAAGUGUCUCAAUCUCAGAAUUCUUUACCUUCUGAAUCACAUAUUUCUUCUGAAGUUCUUUGUAUUACUGAGGAUGUUUCUGGAGCGGUGAAAUAUGAUGAAAAAAAAGGGUUUUUGAAGCCAAGUACAUCAGCAGAUUUAGAUCCGCUUUUGAGUGUUCAAAAGGGCAGUUUGACAGACAAAAUCCGUCAGGAAAACAGGGAACGUAAGAAACGUUGGCGUCAGGCGAAUGAAGAUCGGAAUAAGGACAAUGAUCUUCGCUGCCGGGUCAAUAAACGUGCACACAAACUUUAUGGGAAAGAACAAUCUCUUGCUAAGUCAGAAUGGAUUGAAGCAGAGUUUUUAAAGCGUCAAAUGAAACGUAAGGAUAGGGAGCGCAAGCGUUCUCUUGAAUCUUCCAUGACUGCGUCUUCUAGCCAUAAUAUGACUUUUUCGAAUCAUAAUAUUGAUAACAGUGGAUUUAAUGCUGUUGAGUUUUCACAGACUUUUCUUGAAAAUUUGUCUCAAAAUCUUACUUUGUUCAACGAUACGGUUCCUUUUUCAUUGCGCUCAGCACUUAUUUCAUUUUCUACUAAUUCUAAUUUUCUUAAGAUUAUUACUACUCUUUUUUCCUCACUUAUCAAUAAUGUUUUGUCUCCGUCUCAAACAUCUACAACUUAUUCUUCUCAAAACACUUCAAUUUCUCCUGAAGAUACUACAGCACAACUUUAUCAGUCACUUUCGAGUUUUUUUCCUAAUGAUCACGAAUUAUCUGUAUUUUCGGUCCCAGAGGCUUCGGUUCAUUCAAAAAAUAUAAAGGAAACAUUCAAUCAAGGUGUUUCCAGACAUAUUUCUACUUAUUCUCCUGUUACUUCUCAAAUGUCUAUAACAGCUUCUACUUCUGUACCCGCAUCUUCACUCAAUUAUAAAUCUUACGAUCAUGUUUCUGCUAUGGGGUUUCCGCCAAUGCCAAUAGAUUUUAAGGACGAAGAAUAA